UUUCUGCUGUCGUGUGCUGCUCGGAGCGCGGCACUAUGAGUAAUGAGAACACAUGCACUUCCUCUGGAGUAUUCAUGAGGGGCCUCAAACAUCCUUUAGCUAGGAUGCCUCUCGGACCACGUUCACCUGGGACGCCUGUUGGACCACGUUCACCUGGGACGCCUGUCCGACUACGUUCACCUGGGACGCCUGUCGGACCACGUUCACCCGGGACACCUCUCGGACCACGUUCACCCGGGACACCUCUCGGACCACGUUCACCCGGGACACCUCUCCGACCACGUUCACCUGGGACGCCUCUCGGACCAUGUUCACCUGGGACGCCUGUCGGACCACGUUCACCUGGGAUGCCUGUCGGACCACGUUCACCUGGGAUGCCUCUCGGACCACGUUCACCUGGGCUGCCUUUUGGACUGCCUCCACACCACGGCGGGUGUAAUCCCAACAGUAUAAACUUCGACACCUUGAAGACUUGCUUUAACACAGCUGGAAACUCCAGAACCGCCUGCAAGUCCGUCACAACCGCAAGCUCCAUGGACAAAAAGGCUAAUGCCCCUGUUACCCUGAAGGGGGCACUAGCUAAGGGAGGGCGAGAGGAGAGCAAAGGGAUAUUCCCUGCCGUUGACCCCACCCCCAAACCUGCUGGGUUCAGAAUCACUCAGGCCCACAUCCUCCCUCAGAAGAGAGGCUCCAGCAGUGGGCCGACGGGAGUGGGUGGAGACAAACAGAUGAACGUCAAACCUCCACCCAGCCGGAAGAAGCCACCUGUGACCAGGCAGAACGUGGUGGGUGUGCAGGGCAAAGAACCCUUCCGUGCCUCCGCCCACAGUACUGCAGGCUGCGCUCAGCCGAAGAAGAAGCCGUUGCCCGUCAUGAGAGUACGUCCCAUGAAACCCGGCAGACCCCCUCGCGUGGACCUGGGCCAGUACAGGAGCCGUGUUGCCAUUGUGUCAGUUGAUAAUGUCCUGAAGGAUUCAUAUAUCUAUGAUGAUGUGGGUGAAGACUGCAUCUACGAUAAUGACUUGAGCUCAGUUACGGUAGUCCACACACUCCAUGAUGUGUACCCAUGAGCAAGCACACAUCAGGUGUUGUGGAACAGGACUGAUGAGGCAGACCACAGCUAGAUGUUGUAAUUACUCAGAUCACAGCUAGCGUUUGUAAACAAUAAUAACAUUUAAUGAUUGUAUUCUUGCUAAAAUGAGAUUAUGUUCAUUGUUAAUCUGUGUGACAACAGAAUCCUUUAUCACCAACACUUUCAUAGUGUAAUCCAUACAGCUAUAUUAAUAAAGGUUUCUUGCUGAUGUGCUUGUUGCUGGAUAAAUAUGUCUCACCAACAGCUCUUUUGCUGACUUUCACCCAUACUGAACCAUGAAUGAGACUAAAAUGACUUUUGCAAGCAAAGUACUUCUGAAUGAGUAGUAGUAAGAGCCAGUUUGUAUAUGAAAAAGUAGAUGUUUAAAUCAUAACAUUCGUUCCAUGGGGUUAUAAAGUUCUGAGAGUGUAGAUCCGUUCUUUCACUUUGAGUUUCCUCAUUUCAUUGCUGCAGCAACAGGCAGACGUGUCGUUAGUGCAGUGUCCAUUAGUAUUAAAAUGUCUCGCCACU